UGUCGCACGCACGGGAGACCGUCCUUUAAUGACCUUAGCUGUUAAUAGGACGUUAAACAAAAUAAACCAAACCAAACCAAUUAUUUGAUCACAGUUGCAUAUCACUUUUAAACUAAUGCUUCAGUGUAUGGAGACCAUUUCUUUAUGGAGUCAGCGACGUGUUAUAGGGCAAUUAUAAACUGUCUGAUGGACUAUAAUGGAGUAUUGGCUUACCAACCACAUUUGGACCAAUAUGAAAGCGACACCGGCUGUUUAACGUCACACCUUUCCAUUUGGCUAUGGGCUGGGGAACCGUUUACCUGUAUAUAUCAGAAUGGCACAGUUUGUAUUGGUGACGGAUAGAGAUGUUUUUUUUAUAAUUCCGAUAGAGGCAGGGCAGUCUGGUGCCGGUAAAUAUGUGUCGCCUACAGAACAGAACAUGGUACUACCAUCUGUACCUUUAGGAGAGGAAAAGCACAGAUAUAUCUGCGUCACAAACGACACAAUGGGCAAAAGACCAGACCUUUGUGGCCCAAAAGAAAUUGAAGUUCGCUUGAAGGAGGAGGAAAUGAAAAAUCUUAUGACGACAAUUGGAUGCGGGAUUGGCUGUUUCCUUGUCAUAACUGUAUUGGUGCUGUUUGGUCUAUACAAAAGGCGAACAAGGGAAAGGACAACCUCAUAUCUGCCAGAUAAAUCAAGCAGGAACGAGAUGGAAACCAAAACUAGCACGUGUAACUGUGAAUCUAAAGUGUUUAAAGAUGAGAAUGAUCACCACUAUACAUUGCCGAGGACUGCCUGGUUAAAAAAUGUCACGUUAGUACGUCCAGCACUCCGAAGUAUGGGUGAUGUACGCGCGGGUGCCUCUGAGGGAAAUCUGCAUCCGUUACGCUACAAAUAUUCCACCAGAUCCCACAGGGCACUAAGCCCGAAGACGUCCAUGUCGGCUCCAGACUUGCAUAUCUACGAGAACUUGGAACCCUACAUGUGUGUCACCAACCAGGACAAGUCGUGUGGAUGUAGUCAUAAAAAGGCUGUUUAUGACAGAAAUAAAAACAGUGUUCAUGAGUACAUGGAGUUCUUCACAAAAUCUGGGGCAGCGUCUGCCCCCGACAUAUACGCCGAACUGGUGCCCUGUUUUUGUGCUGUGACACAUGGGGCACAAUGUGAUUGUAAAAACGAUCGUUUUAAAAGCAUAGAUGUAUGUCAGCAAAUCAGCGCGUUUGACAAAGCUAGUGACAUCGACUUUCAUUUCAUAUCAAAAUCUGCUUCUGCUCCUAAUUUAGAUAUAGGCACGAAAGUGGAACCUGACGAUGAAACGGAUAAAGACUUAAACGGUUGUCUUUUAUAAGAACUUCACGAAUUAUUCUCAUCACGCUGUCAAUUUUAACAUGUAUAUUUUAUUUAAUGAGCAUUGUGGAAAUGUGUUUUAGUUUCAUCGGGGUAUGAAAAACAAAUUUGUUGGCAAACUGUAUGAAUCCGCGUAGCAAAUUCUUACAGAAGUUUGCAACAAAUUUGUUUUCAUACCCCUAUGAAACUAAAAAAUAAUUGACAUCAACGCUUAUAAUUAAUUUUUGAAAAUAAUUUUCUAAUUUAAA